AUGAUUCAACCUCAAACCUAUUUAAAUGUAGCCGAUAAUAGUGGAGCGCGCGAAUUGAUGUGUAUUCGAAUCAUAGGAGCUAGUAAUCGAAGGUAUGCUUAUAUUGGUGACAUUGUUGUUGCUGUAAUCAAAAAAGCAGUGCCAAAUUCAUCUUUAAAAAGAUCUCAAGUCAUCAGAGCUGUAAUUGUACGUACUUGUAAAGAACUAAAACGUCGUAAUGGUAUAAUAAUAAAGUAUGAUGAUAAUGCGGCGGUUCUCAUUGAUAAAGAAGGAAAUCCAAAAGGAACUCGAAUUUUUUCCGCAAUAGCCCGAGAAUUGAGACAGUUAAAUUUCACUAAAAUAGUUUCAUUAGCACCUGAGGUAUUAUAA